AUGUCUCCUCAACCAACUCCCACUAUCCUCAGAACCUAUGAGGCUUGGAUGCGUCGUGAGAGUGAGGGUGUCAGCUUUUCUGACUGGAUCGCUGACGCGAUGUCUCGCUCGAUUGAAUCGAUGCACUUCAACUACGCUCAUGAUGGCCCAGCUGGACCCAGGUAUGUGACUACCACUCCAGUGUCUUACAAGGCAAGUGGAUCGUCACAGUUUAAUCGUGCUGAGAUCAGUGCAACAUACCCUUGUAGAGCUGUGCCUGCUAAUGCUGAAGGGCUCAUCCGCACGCAAAUUAAUUUUGUGAGGAUGGGCACAAACACAAAUCAGGCGCGCACUCGUGUUGUCUCGACUCCCGAGAGUAUCACCCAGUGUGGUUAUGGUGGUGUGGUCACUACUGCAGCAGGCGUGUUGAUGGAGCCAUCUAGGCAACAGGUUAUUAUGCAAGCUGAGUCUCUAUUACGCUCCAUUCGCAGUUCUACCGCACCUUCAACUGUGGCAAUUUGGGCAAUGGUGUGUCACAAUUAUUGCAUACUUGAUUCUCUUGAUGAGAAUUGGAAUUACAAUGGCGCGGCUGCCGACUUUGAUCCUGUGAUGUCAGCUUCUGGCUGUAUUCAGGGGAUAAUUGCACAGGUGGCUAAUGGGGCUGAUCGCCUACUAGUCAUUGAGAUGACGAUGCGUGAUUGGAGAGAAAUAGCAUGGGUGAUUUUCGCCGAGGCCCGCAGUGUUCAUCAUAUGGUCUCCGGCCUACUGAGAUACCUCCAGGACUACUCGUACGUGGGGAACCUUGGGCUGACGCGAUGCAACCAGAAGACUUUGUGGAGCCAAAUGAGGAGGAGAUUGCAGGGGCGCUAA